UCCUACCUACUUAGAUAUAGUAGGUAGUGUAUUUCUCGCAUGUGUAGUGUGCUUAGUAUCCUGUAUGUACACUUGUGGGAAAGCUACACCAGUACGUUUACGGCAGUCCAUCUCGGAAGGGUACACGAUCGAAAAAUGGAUCUUGGUGCCGCGCGUUCGUGUACGAUUUCACGAGAUUGGAUCGUGAAUAUAAACGCGUGUGUGCAUCGCAAAUAAUCCAAUUCUUAUAACGGUGAACUUGUUGAACGAAUAUUUACCGUUGUGUGGUGUUGAUCAUAUGCCGUGCGGUAAAGGAGUUUGCUAUACUGCUAUAGCAAUCGUCAUUUGAAAGAAAACGGCUUAAUCAAGCAAAAUUUUGACAAAAAGAACUUGAAAAAUUCGAAAAGACACAAUAAUUAUAAUGGAGUCAACUAUAGCAGGACGAAGACGUAACGCUACGAGGCACUCUGCCGAGGAUCAAGCGCUCGACCAGAUAGCCAAAGAGGCAGAAGCGAGACUGGCUGCUCGGAGACAAGCCCGUGCUGAAGCUCGGGAAAUUCGGAUGCGAGAGUUGGAAAGACAACAGAAAGAGGUGGAGGAGAAUGCUGAUAGAGUUUACGAUAUGUGCUCGGCAGAAGGUAACAGAACAAUGCGAGUAACGCCUGAUCCAGUGAGAACGUCACGCAUACUCGCGAACUCGAACAACUUCCAAUCAAGUAGAAGAUCAUCGGAAGAUUCGUUGGAAGAUGCAGGUUUAAGCAGGGAUCUAAGAUUAGAGCUCAAAGAAUUCGAGGAAAAGUUUAGAAAAGCAAUGAUAGCGAAUGCACAGUUGGACAACGAAAAAUCAUCGUACGCGUAUCAAGUUGAUUUAUUAAAAGACAAACUUGAAGAGCUGGACGAAACAACCGCACAACUGAGACGCGAGCUUAGGGAAAAAAAUAGAGAAGCCGAACAGCUGAAACGUGUCAGUCAACGAUUAAAGGAAGAUUUCGAUGUAUGCAGAGCUCAAUUGCUGGAGAGGGACACUCUCAUUCAGGAAAAUGGGCUGGUCAUAGUGGACGAUGAGGGUAGUGAAGACGAUGAGCAUGGAACGGUGAAUGGAUCUUGUUACAGGAAAAGAGUACUAGUCAGCACAGAGGCUGCCGAGUUGUUAGAAAAUGCUGGUGAAGGCUCGCUAGACGUUCGAUUGAGAAAGUUUGCUUCCGAAAAGAAGGAACUGCAAGAUGAAAUUGGCCACUUGAGGUUGGAAUUGGAAGAAGCAAAAAGUCGUCUUAGAUCCGAGAAAUCCUCAGGUUCAGUAUUAGGUGGGUUCUCUGAUUCCGAGGAUGUUCAGAGAGAAGCGAACAAAUUGUUGGCUGAUUAUAAAUUUAAAUUGCAAAAGGCCGAACAAGAUAUGUCAACGUUGCAGGCAACUGUCGCGAGGCUAGAAAGCCAAGUUAUACGUUAUAAAUCCGCUGCUGAAGCAUCGGAAAAAGCGGAAGAUGAAUUGAAAGUCGAAAAAAGAAAAUUGCAACGAGAGGUUCGUGAGUCGCAAGGUCGUGUUGAGGAGCUUGAAACAGCAAAUUCCCACUUACAGAGACGUCUGGAUAAACUAAAGAAUGCUAAAUCGGCGCUUCUUAAAGAUGCGUCUCAACGAUAAGAAGAUUUGGAGUGAAAAGGAAAAAAAAGAUUUUAAAAAAUCGCCUGGAUGUACAGGAUAAGAGUUGCAUUUGUGUCGCAUUAGACGAGAGAAAAAAAAAUCGAGUAACCCCAUUGAUGCGGUUAUAAAGCGAAUAAGCGCGCGCGCGCGCACACGCACACACACACACACACACACACACACACACACACACACACACACACACACACACACAAAUAGAGAUUAUAUUCAAAUUUAAUCAUUUGAUUUGCGUCUUCCUCGAUGUGACGUCGAUUUUUUUUCUUUUUUCAUUUCUCAUCCAACGACAAGGAAAGGGCAAAUCGACGAUAUCUCGAAUGGAUUUCCGCACGACCACUUGGAUUUCGACAGAAAAUCAAACUAUUUUCGUCAAAAUUAUUGUUGGUCAGCGAAUCGUCGAGACUCGACGAUCGGGCUAGAUCGAUUUUUCUUUUCCUUCUAUUUGUUAUUUUUUUGUUUUCUUUUUUACGUCCAAACGGUUUAUCCUGCUUGCUCGAUAACCCACAUUACUCUUUGGAUCCUAAGAAUCAUGAAAUUGCGUGAGAUUUUUAUCGUAUUACGGCAAUCGUUGCAAAACCAUUUCAUAGCACUGGUCUAUUCGAGCAUUUGGUCCUCAGAAUGGGUUUAUGUUUCAAUAAAAUUUCUCCCGUCAUUUUCUUCACUGAAAGAAAAACGUUUUUUCGAGUAGGUCUUUGAUGUAAUGGCUCCGUGUGCUAUGCUAAAUAAAUUUUUACAAUUUUUUACUAUCGAUGAACAAUGAAUAAAAAAUAAAAAAUAAAAAAAAUACUGUAAAUGUGGGUUGAAUGUACUGAAAUUUUUUGGUGAUGAGAAACGUAAUCCCAGUGAUCGCGUGUAAUGAUAGAAAGUUCAUUCUGACCGACGUUUUCCCUGAGUAACAUACUAUAUUUAAAAAAAAUGAAAUAAAAAAUACAGAAAAAUGUUUGACCCUCGUGUGGUGAUUUACUUAAUUGGGUACAAUACGGCACCAAGGGAUAUAAUUAUGCGUCGUAUAUAAAAUUUAUAAUACACUGUGAAAUACGUGAAGCAUUUCACAUUCACGAUCGACUUUUAUUAUAAAAUUAACAAACUGGCUCAGCCGCCGAUACGCGUGUCUGAUUUGGAUUGCAAUUUGUAUUUAUUAUUACGAGAUGGUCUAAACGACGACCAGUAGGUUUAUAAUAUCGCUUCGAAAUCUAAUACGGAAGGAGAACAACAACAAAACAAUUGCCUAAUGUAAUGUUUGUAAUUACUAUCAAUAUUAUCACGAUUAACGCAAUUUUUUUUUUUUAUAUAUAUUUUAAUUUUCCUUAUCAGUUCCUGCUCCCCUCUUAUUUUCAAGUGGGUAUAACGAGGAAAACAUAUUUCUACUGUUGUAACACAAAAUGUGCGAUCUCGUGAAUGCCAAUUUCAGGAUAAAUAGUUUUUACUAUUUUUCUUUAUAAAUUCAACAAAAAAUAUGAUUAUGGUAUCAUUGAUAAUAAUGAAAUGGAAGGUGAUGAUGGAGUAUCGAAAUUAUUUUUCUGUCCAACAGGAACAAAUCCAAUAAUCAUAUAUUUCAUUUUAUGAAUACGCUUUUGAAAUAAAUUAAUAUCAUUUUUUUAAUAUUA